UGCUGGCCCCUGCAGCACUCUCGUGUGGACCCCGAGGAGCUCUUCACCAAGCUCGACCGCAUUGGCAAGGGCUCGUUCGGGGAGGUGUACAAGGGCAUUGACAACCACACCAAAGAAGUGGUGGCCAUCAAGAUCAUCGACCUGGAGGAGGCUGAGGAUGAGAUCGAGGACAUCCAGCAGGAGAUCACCGUGCUUAGCCAGUGUGACAGCCCCUAUAUCACCCGCUACUUCGGCUCCUACCUGAAGAGCACCAAACUGUGGAUUAUCAUGGAAUACCUAGGUGGCGGCUCCGCACUGGACCUGCUUAAACCGGGCCCCCUGGAGGAGACCUACAUUGCCACAAUCCUGCGAGAGAUUCUGAAGGGCCUAGAUUACCUACAUUCAGAACGGAAGAUCCACCGAGAUAUCAAAGCCGCCAACGUGCUGCUCUCAGAGCAGGGGGAUGUGAAGCUGGCAGACUUCGGGGUGGCAGGGCAGCUCACAGACACUCAGAUCAAGAGGAACACAUUCGUGGGCACCCCCUUCUGGAUGGCGCCAGAGGUCAUCAAGCAGUCAGCGUACGACUUCAAGGCUGACAUCUGGUCUCUGGGGAUCACUGCCAUUGAACUGGCCAAGGGUGAACCUCCAAACUCCGACCUCCACCCCAUGCGCGUCUUGUUCCUGAUUCCCAAGAACAACCCGCCCACGCUGGAAGGCCACCACAGCAAGCCCUUCAAGGAGUUUGUGGAGGCCUGCCUCAACAAGGACCCCCGAUUUCGGCCCACUGCCAAGGAGCUCCUGAAGCACAAGUUCAUUGCGCGUUACACCAAGAAGACCUCCUUCCUCACGGAGCUCAUCGACCGCUACAAGCGCUGGAAGUCAGAGGGGCACGGCGAGGAGUCCAGCUCUGAGGACUCUGACAUUGACGGUGAGGCUGAGGACGGGGAGCAGGGCCCCAUCUGGACAUUUCCCCCCACCAUCCGGCCAAGUCCGCACAGCAAGCUGCACAAGGGGACGGCUCUGCACGGCUCGCAGAAGCCUGCAGAACCCGUCAAGAGGCAGCCGAGGUCCCAGUGCCUGUCCACACUGGUCCGACCAGUCUUCGGAGAGCUCAAAGAGAAGCACAAGCAGAGCGGUGGGAGCGUGGGGGCGCUGGAGGAGCUGGAGAAUGCCUUCAGCCUGGCCGAGGAGUCCUGCCCCGGCAUCUCGGACAAGCUGAUGGUGCAGCUGGUGGAACGCGUGCAGAGGUUUUCACAUAACAGAAACCACCUGACGUCAACUCGCUGAAGCGUGCUGCUGUGCACGGAGAGGGGGAGACAAGGGUCCUUCCUUUGUGCUGUGACUCUGUGGGAACUGCGCUGACUUGGAAGCCCCCUUGUGCUGUGUUGUGACUGCAGGGACAUGUUGGAGCCCGCAGGCUGCAUGUGCCAGGUCACGGAUCUCCCUACACCCUGAGCGUACUGUCCCUCAUGUCAGCGGAUGCCUGUUCCACACGCCUGCUUCCACCUCCCCCUCCUGGCCCUGCUGAAGCUACGCCCAGCAGUGAAAGAGCCUGUGGAGAACUGGGCGGCCAGUGGGGCCCAGUCUCCUUGAACUUCCCUCAGCAGCUGGGCUUGGCCCCUCUGCGGACUCACAGGGCCCCGUGGCUGCCCAGGCUGAGGAGCAGUGACUGUUGCGCAGCUCUGUCUCCUUCCCUUGCGAGGUGGGGUAGAGUUUGCCCCCCCCCCCCCCAGGAACGCUGUCCUCCUGGGUCCUCAGGGGCCCAAGAUGGUCCUACAUUUGCCUUGUGUUGGGUCAGGUACUGUGUUCUCUCAUAAGAAGUACUCAUGUCAUCCAGAAUGUUUUGUUUUUUAAGAAAACUGAACUUCCUUGUUUCCUGAAGUGUUCUGAGGUUAAGGUGUUAGUUUUCAUAGAACACUGAAAGGCCCCUGCCACCUUCAAUAAAGACCUGAGUUGGAGGCA